AUGGACUCCAGUCUCCUCUGCUGGACAGUCCUCUGCCUUCUGGGGGCAGGCCCAGUGGAUUCUGGAGUCACACAGACCCCAAGUCACCUGAUCAAAACACGAGGCCAACAGGUGACCCUCAGCUGUUCACCCAUUGCUGAGCACCUCUCCGUGUUCUGGUACCAGCAGGCCCGGGAUCAGGGCCCCAAGUUUCUUGUUGCAUAUUACAGAGGGGAAGAGAGAGAGAAAGGCAACAUCCCUGCACGGUUCUCAGGACAACAGUUUUCCGACUACCGCUCAGAGCUGAACCUGAGCGCCCUGGAGCAGGGGGACUCGUCUGUGUUCCUGUGUGCUAGCAGCAUAGAGCACAGCCCUGCAGAGCCACCACCAUCCUGUGCACAAACCUCCUGUCCCACCUCAGGAAGUAACAAUUCCCCACAUCUUGUCUGGCCUGUCAUGGGCUCCAGGCUCCUCUGCUGGAGGAUCCUCUGCCUCCUGGGGGCAGGUAACUCAGGUGCUGGUGUCUCCCAGGCCCCCAGGCACAGGAUCACACAGAGGGGCCAGGCUGUGGUCUUCAAGUGUGACCCAGUUAAUGGUCAUACUUGCCUUUACUGGUAUCGGCAGACCCCAGGGCAGGGCAUGGAGUUUUUGAUGUACUUCCAAAACACGGAGGCACCAGACACAUCAGGGAUGCCUGAUGCUCGGUUCUCUGCAGAGAGGCCUGACGGGUCGUCCUCCACCUUGAAGAUCCAGCCCGUGGAGCCGAGGGACAUGGCUGUGUACCUGUGUGCAAGCAGCUUAGCCACAGAGUGA